AUGACAGUGCUUUCAGCAGUGCCUUUCAAAGAAGCUCACGAGCUGAAUAAAGACCUCAACCCACCAAACAAUGUCAAAUUUUUGCCGGGAUACCGUCAAAUCUCUUUACGCAAUACCCAAGAUCUAUACCCGUUUCUUUCGAAAGAUCCCCGUACCCCUGAUCUCGAGAAAAUUGGACAGCGUCUCUGGUGGAUGACCAAGCAAUCCAGCGCACAUGUCGCACCAUUGCACCACCAAGCUGUGAAGCUCCGUCGAAUAGUCGUUACGGAAAACCCUGAGCUUCACCUUGUUUGGUACUACGACUUGAUUUAUAUCAAACAAUUACCCAAGUAUCUGUUAUCCUAUAAGUUCUGGUCGACGUACUUGACGACAACAUCGCCCAUGUCAAUAUCGGCGGCGGAACGCGAGCUCCUCGAACGCUCCGCACUUGGAUUUCUGCGAACAUAUUGGCACCUGAUCAAGUACGAAUCAGAUUUCAAUAUAGCUCAAGAAAUGCGAUUAAUUCCUCCCACCGCCGCGUGGGAAAGCUUUUCGGCUUUCAUAGCCCCUUUCCAGCUGAUUCGCGAUGAUGAUGUGACUGAGCGAUGUCGUUAUGGCCAAAUCCGCCUGUCUCGAUUGAACCUCUAUGGCAAACUCUUUCUCAGAAGACGAUACUUUCACAAUAUCUACGGGCAAUACGACACCUACUUUUCCAGACUAUAUGGACCUCUUCUUUUCAUAUUUGGGUUGGUGUCUCUGUUUUUGAACUCAUUACAGGUAGAACUGGCUGUCGAACCUUUGGUGACUACCCAAUGGCCAAGGUUUUGGACGUUUUCUCGUCGAUUAGCAGUUCUAUUUGUGGGAUUCGUGUUCGCGGUUCUACUGGUGCUGGUUUGCCUGUUUAUCGCUAAGUUCGCGACGGAGUGGUUCUUUGCAAUUAGGGAUCGGAGGAGGAGGUUGCGGAAAGACCUAAUAAGGAAGUCAGAUAGGACGGCGGGUGUUUGAAAGCA